AGGUUACCAUGAAGGAAAAAAAAAAAAAAAAAAAAAGGGAUAACUAAAGUACAGGAGAGAAAAUAUGGGAAAGGAUACAAAAAUUAACCCAGCCUGUAACGUAGUCAUCUUUUUGCUUGUCCCUUCCAUUAUUGUCAAUAUCUUCUUUAUCUUGAGAGAUCAUGAUGAGAUCAACUUGUGGGAUGGCCGGUGGCAGCUAAGUUGGAGCAGAAGAGCGGCGGUGGAAGCCGAGUAUGUGGCGGCCAUCUCUUGCUCUGGCCAUGGAAAAGCCUACCUGGAUGGAUCCCCAAGUCUUCUUGAUGGAAAUAAAUCGCCGCCUUGUGAGUGCAAUACAUGCUUUGGAGGUCCAGACUGCUCCCAGAUUUUACCUGGUUGUGUUGUAGAUGUUGACAGCGGGAAUCCAUAUUUCUUGGAGCCAUUCUGGACGGAAAACGCAGAAAGCAGUGCAGUUUUAUUGUCGGGUUGGCACCGAAUGGGCUACGCCAGUAGCACCAUGGUCACGGAAGAGCUGGAGAAGCACAUUCGCGAAUUGCAUGAGAUUGUUGGAAAUGCAGUCACGAAAGAAAGAUUCAUUGUCUUUGGUGUUGGCUCAAUUCAACUCCUCAGCGCUGCAAUUCAUGCCCUGUCCCCUCAAAAUUCCUCCUCUCCUGCUAGAGUUGUCGUUUCAGUUCCUUAUUAUGGGACUUACAAAUCGCAAACGGACUACUUCGAAUCAAUGAAAUUUAAGUUUGGUGGAGAGGCAUCUUUAUGGAAGAACAACUCAGAUGCAAAUAAUACUAACCUAAUUGAGUUAGUAACCUCACCAAAUAAUCCAGAUGGGCAGCUGAAAAAAUCAGUUCUUCAUGGCCCAAAUGUCAAAGCCAUAUAUGACCGAGUCUAUUAUUGGCCCCACUUUACAGCAAUCGAUUCAGCUCCGGCCAAUGAAGAAGUUAUGCUUUUCUCACUCUCCAAGCUCACAGGCCAUGCUGGUAGUAGAUUCGGGUGGGCAGUGGUUAAAGAUGAGGAAGUGUAUCAAAGAAUGUUAACGCAUGUGAGCCUAAAUACUAUAGGCAUUUCUCGCGAGGCUCAGUUAAGAGCAUUACAGCUUGUAAAGGUGGCGCUUCAAGGGAAUGGAAAGGAUAUAUUUGAGUUUGGCUACAAAACGCUAAGCAACCGUUGGGAAAAAUUGAAUGAGACUUUGUCAGUUUCUAGUCGUUUUUCUCUCCAGAAACUAGGAGCUCAGUACUGUAGUUUCUUCCAAGCAGUUAGAGGACCUUCGCCAGGUUACGCAUGGUUGAAGUGUGAGAGGGAAGAAGAUAAAGAUUGCUAUGCAGUCCUCGAAGAAGCCAAUAUUAAGGGUCGCAGAGGUAGCGUUUUUGGCGCUGAGGAACGUUAUGUGCGCCUUUCGCUUGUGAGGUCCCAAGAUGACUUUGAUCUAAUGAUUCACCAACUAAACAAAUUAGUUUCUCAAGAAUACAACCCCAAACUCAUAUUGGAGCCAGGAACUUUUGUUAGUGGGAGUUAAUAAUUAAAAAAAAAAAAUAGUAAUAAGAUUAUAAGAUUAAAUUUUUAAUAUUCAAUGGGGCUGUGUGUAUACAUUGAUAUGAUGAAUUACAUAUUCAUAUAUGUACUUUUUAUAAGAACAAAUAAGUUGAGUGAGGGCUUGAGCCCCCACUAACCAUUGAUCAAGGCCUGCUCGAGGAGAAGAGCAUUACAUAUUCUUAAUAUUUGUUACCGACAGAUUUUUCAAUUAUUAUAUAGUUUUAAAUUACUUAUGUACAGU